CAUAGAAAUUGUUUCACAGCCCGGUUCGGAGUCAACCAGGAUGAUUGCCCUGAAAAAUUUAGCACGUUGCGCUCCGAUGCGGGGACGCAGCCUGGCGGAGAUUUCCACAUUUCUUCAACCACAGAGGCGCAAUUCCCAAGCCAGCAGCACCAAGGACAACACAACGACAAACGGAACCAGCGGGCUGGUCAAUCUGCUAAAUAAACUGGACGGCCCCAGGCUUGGUCAGCCCACUUGUGUAAGCCAUCCGCAUCUCAUCCUGCCCCACGAGCUAGUGCCGGGCCUGACGCUGGCCGAGUUCCAGCAGCGGCGCAUCGAACUGAUGCAGAAAAUACAGUCCUAUGCGAGCACCUUUGGCGACAACUACAAUGGCCGCUCCACAAAGAACCAUAUGCUGAUUGUGGGGGCCGCCUCGAAGAAGUACAUGAGCGGUAAAAUACCUUAUGUGUUUAGGCAGAACUCGGACUUUUACUACCUGACUGGCUGCCUAGAGCCAGACUCGGUUCUCGUGAUGACCAUCGACCAGGGCUCCAAUGUGGAGUCCAUGCUGUUCAUGCGCCCCAAGGAUGCGCAUGCCGAACUGUGGGACGGUCCACGUACUGGCCCCGAGCUGUCCGUUCCACUCUUUGGAGUCACCGAGGCACAUUCCCUCAGUCAGUUCGAACCGAUCCUUGGCAAGCUGGUCACCGGCCUGAAGCCCCAUUUCUGGUUCGAUCUGAAAUCCUGCGACCUGCAACACGUCAAGGAGGGCGUCAUCAAGACUGGCAGCACAGAGAAUAUCCAACUUCUGCCCGUCCACACCUUUUUGGAGGCCAUGCGCCUGCUGAAAUCCCCCGCCGAGAUGGAUCUGAUGCGUCGCACCUGCCAUAUUGCCGCCCAGUCCAUCAACGAGGUCAUGGCCGAGACCCGGCCUGGCCAGUCCGAGCACCAUCUAUUCGCGUCCGUCGAUUUUAAGUGUCGGCAGCGCAACGCCAGCUUCCUGGCCUAUCCUCCGGUUGUGGCCGCCGGUCGCAAUGCCACCAUCAUCCACUAUGUGGACAACAGCCAGCUGUUGCAGCCGCAAGAUCUGGUCCUCAUGGAUGCUGGCUGCGAGUACGGCGGGUACACCAGCGAUAUCACGCGUACCUGGCCCGCCAGCGGCACCUUCACGGAUCCCCAGCGCACCCUCUAUGAAAUGCUGUCAACACUGCAGUCGGACAUUAUCGGGAUGAUCGGGAGCAUAGGCGGCGAGACGCUGGACCAGCUCUUCCAGUCCACCUGCUACAGGCUGGGCAAGUAUCUGCAGGAGAUUGGGCUGGUGUCAAGGGCUUCGGACGACUACAAGACGGUGGUUAGCCAGGGCUACAGAUUCUGUCCGCAUCAUGUGUCGCACUAUCUGGGCAUGGAUGUGCACGACACGCCGAAUAUACCGCGGAGCAAAGCUCUGGAGCCUGGCAUGGUCUUCACCGUGGAGCCGGGUGUUUAUAUCGGGGAGGACUGCACCGACGUCCCGGCGGAGUUCCGGGGCAUUGGCAUACGCAUCGAGGACGAUCUGCUGAUCAGUCAGGACGGUGUGGUUGAGGUGCUCACGGCUGAGUGCAUCAAGGAUCGCCAACGAUUGGAGCAUCUCUGCCAGCAGGUGUCGGUCGAAACAGACAGUGUAUCCGCCUCUGCCUCCGAUUCAGCCUGAUUUCAAGUGUCUCUCUCUCUCUCUCUCUCUCUCUUUCUCUCUCUCCAGCGAAGAUA